UUCUGUUCUCGCUCUCUCUCUCACUCUCUGUGUGCUUACACUAUCCAACUGCAAUUUAGUUUUUAUAACGCGAAAGUUGAGUGUCAUCGCCACUAUACUGACACCUCCAUCCAGCCCUCUCAAUCGCCGUUGCAUCGUUGUAUGUGUGCUUGUUAUCAAAAGUCCCGAAAAACCAGUGUGUCCGCUUUAUCAGCGAAGAAAGAAGCAACAAGCGGUCGCUCUCUCUCUCUCUCCCCAUCUUUCAAUAUCGCUUGCUCCCUCUCUCAUUCAUGCUCACAUCGACACUGUCCUCCUCUUCCGCGUUGCUGUUGUUAUGUCGUUGAUUUCCAGUAUCGUCGCCAAUAAAGUGACAUUGACAGAGCAAGAGACGAGCGACAGCUAAAAAGCUAGAGAGCUAGUUUUUUCCCCUUUUCGUUGCUGGAUUCGUUCCCAAUUCCCUACACCCUGAUCACGGUUCAAUAUCGGUUCACGCGCACCCGCUAAAUAAAAUAAAUGUAGAGAUACAAAUAUUUCCACUGGUUUUAUGGUUUGAACCUAAUAGCAAAAAAGAAGCACGAGCAGCAAAAACCUGUCAAGAAUUAACUGCGAUUAGUCAAGUUACUCAACGUUCAACCAAUGAAAACCAACAGCAAAUACAGCAAAUCAGAUUCCAGAGCAGCAACUACAACAUCGUUGACCAGUCGCCUUAUUAAUUUGAGACAGGGCAAAAGGGAUAUCAAUAUUAAAAGAAUUCGAAUUCAUACUUACAAGUGUCUCAAUCACAAUCCGCGACUGAAGAUACUCACCUGAAACGCACCCACCCAACUGAAAAACAACCAACCACCCACCGAGUAAAGCCAAGUUCGCUCUUUACGCCGUCUGUUGCACAAAAGUCCAGCGAAGAAACAACAAAAAGCGAAAAGAUCCAGAAACUCAACCGGACUUGGACCCCGUAACUGAAACUGCAAUAGCCGAAAACAAUCCGGUUUUCUUGAAAGAGCCACCAAGCUGCACGACAACAACCAAAGCAACAGCCACAGACGAGCCCCCUUCAGUGAUUGGUUUUGUUUUUGGUGUUGGCCAGUUUUGUUGCUCCACUUUCGUCGUUGUCGUUGUUUUUGAUUUUAAUGUUGUCGUUGUUGAGCUGUAGCUGCUUGUCGUGAUUGUGAUAAUAAGAGAACAAGAAAACAAAACAAAACUGGUAUUGCUCUCCGACCGCUAUUAAAAGCAAAGUGAUUGACAUCGAUAAGCCAAGUGGAUCGGGAACCAACCACAGCCCAUCUCUACUCAAAUGUUCUCCGCUAUUGAUUAUUACGCGGGCAUGGGACAAAUCGCACAAGACUGUUCCAGCACAGAUACAGACAUCGUUGAUAUGGAUCCCGAUGAUUUGGACCAAGUGACCCAGGUGAUUGGCUAUCAUCCGCGAUACAAAGACCACUUUCUACACACUCAAAACUUUAUAAUGAAAGGCGAUGGACCAUUGCCCUAUCACUACCGAUACUAUUUGGCCAUAAUUGCAGCCGCUCGACAUCAGUGUCCCUAUCUGGUGAAACGGUACGAGAAGGAGUUCAUCAAUCAGGGUGGCAGCAGCGAUUGGCUCAAUGGCCUGGAGUACAUACCUCCCAAGUUACGUGCCAUAUAUGAUAUAAAUAAAAUAUUAGCACACCGUCCAUGGCUGUUGCGCAAGGAGCACAUCGAGCGCCUGACCAAGGGCAAAAAUAGCUGGUCAUUGUCAGAGGUGGUACAUGCCAUGGUCCUGCUAUCACAUUUCCAUUCACUAUCUUCGUUUGUUUUCUCUUGCGGUCUGACACAAAAACUGGAUGGUUUGUCUAGUCCCAAAUUGAAGAGUGCUCCAGCAGAGAUAGCUCCGAAUGGGAAUGGUGUUGCUGAUGGGUCACGUCAGACCACAACAAGUCCUAUACAUCAACAGCAGCUUCAGCUGCAGCAACAGCAACAGCAGAAAACUGUUCUUGGUGAGAUAUCCCUAAAUGGCAGCUCAGCAAAUCCCAUAGACAAUUCAGGUGUUGGAGCAACUGAGGCAGCUGCUCUUAAUGGCUAUUUGGCUACCGCUCAGCAACAGCCGCAGCAACAUGGCAUCUGCGUGGAGGCUCUCAUGGAGCGCAUGAAGGUUUUGUCCCAGAAGCAGGACGAAUGCAGCGAGGCAGAGCUGAGCAACCGUUUCAAGAAUGUUGAAAUGCAAACGGCCGAAUUGCCAGCAGUCACUCCCGAGGCGGCUGUAGUAUUGCCACCCAUAAUCUCCCAAUACGUGGACGAUCCUAACUUUACGUAUCAAGACUUUGCCCGUCGUGGAGCCGAGAAUAUCAACACAUUUCGCAUACAGGACUAUUCCUGGGAGGAUCAUGGCUACUCAUUGGUAGAUGGCUUGUACAAUGAGGUCGGCACUUUCCUAGAUGAGAAAUUUCGAGCUGCCUAUAAUCUCACAUAUUUCACAAUGGGCGGCAUCAAGAAUGUAGAUACCUCAAAGUUUCGGCGAGCCAUUUGGAAUUAUAUACAAUGCAUCUAUGGCAUACGUCACGAUGACUAUGACUAUGGCGAGGUGAAUCAGUUGCUUGUCCGUCCCUUGAAAAUGUUUAUAAAGACAGCCUGUUGCUUUCCUGAACGCAUUACCACCAAGGACUAUGACAGUGUGCUGGUAGAGCUGCAGGACAGUGAAAAGGUUCACGUGAAUCUAAUGAUAAUGGAAGCCCGUAAUCAGGCCGAAUUACUCUAUGCACUGCGCGAAAUAAUGCGCUAUAUGACUUGAUCUCAUUAAGUGAAUAAAAUAUACACCCCCACACAUACACAUCUACAAAUAACCUAUUAUAUAUACAUUAUAUACAUAUUUAAAACACACUCAAACACGCCUGUAUACAAAGCAAAUGUUUGUUAUUUAAAAUUCAAGACGAAAAGGAACAGAACAGAACACAAUGAAGUGAAUCGAUUUCACGCCACAAUACAUGUAUAGACUACCUACCUGUAUAUUGAGAUUUUUUGUGCAAUUGCCAAUUUGAGUCAAUGUAAAUAGAAGUAAUGAUUUUAAACAAUAUUCGACUACAAUUAUAGGUAUACCUUACAUACACAUUUUAUUGCAUAAAUUCAUAGUUCAAUGUCAACGUCCAAUUUUAUGAGUGUGAAUAAUUCUUAAACCAAAUACUAUGUAUGUAUCUAUGAUUAGCUGUUGUAAGAUACUUGAAUUCAAUCGAACUAAACCCCAUUGUAAAGUCAAAGUUUAGAACUACCGAGCAGAUUUAAUCAAAACUGUUACAAUUUGUAAUUAUUUUUCUGUUUCUUUCUCGUGCAAGCAACCAUCAAUCAAUCACUGUACAUAUGUAUUAUGUUUUGUUUUAAUUAUUUAAGUGAAAUAAAUACAUUUUUUAUUUUAAUUAAAA